CGAACAUCCACACGAAUGCCAAUUGUGCCGGCUCCUACCGGCAUCAGUGUACUUUUGCUUUCGCUUCAGCAACCUCUUUCAUCGUCAUCAGUCAUUUGAGCAGUGCAUCACCAUGUCUUCAUCACCAUCACCAACACUGUACAUCAAGUACCUGGACAGUCACGUCAAGAGGUUAUGGAUCUAUAAGGCGAUCCUCAAUCCGUGAUUCGUUGCGCCGUCUGUCCGUUAGGCUGUUACUUUUCAUAUACCAACCCAGAUUGCAGGAUGAUCUCCAAUUAUGUUUCUACUGCCUGUUCUCAACAUACGGCGCACGCCAGACGGCGUAGCGCUGAAGACAAAAAAGCUGCACGGACAAGCACAUAUAGUCUUCUGGGACGUUCUUUCCGCAACAACAGCUAUGCGCGCAUUACAAGGACAGGAAUUCCUCGGGAAGGAGCUGAGGAUUGUUUAUGCACAGCUGAAGAGCGACGCAACAGUCCAGUUGGACAUGAGGUAUAAGAUGCUGCAAGUGGUUGCAGCGCUGGCUCAGCAAGGAGACGUAUCGGCGCCGCAUGGUGUCAAGAGACCAAGAGAUGAUGAGGAAGAAGGAGAGGUGGGUAUGAGGAGUAGGCGAGCAAGGUGAUGGAAAAGGAAGGGAAAGGAAAACAAUUGACCCCGGGACGCCGGAAGGGACCCUGAUCUAUCUACCAUGAUCGCUUCUGAAUCCUACUUAGCGGUGAGGCGUACGGAAAAGGCACAGCAAAAUGACCACAAGUUACAGGGAAUCACAAACUGUC